AGAAAGACAAAAAGGUGAGUUUCGUGUCUCACACCCUCAUCACCAGAGAGGAACAACAAAGAAAGUGUUUUGACAAGUUUUGGACUGGGAUCCCUCUUCACUGGAUAGGGACCCUUUCCUGUCUAGGCAGGAUGGAACAGUGCACGUUGAAGCCAGAUGUGAAAAGAAAUCAACAGAAACAGCCUUUACCUCCACCGAAGCCUGCAAAGGAGGCCAACAGGAACUUGAUCCAGACAGAGACUAGAGGGAAACAAGCCAGAACUCCAGUGGUUCCAUCCAUAGUUAGACCCAUUGCAAAGGAACCAAAUGUUAUGGCCAGAAACGGCAGUCGCAAGAGGACACAGGCAGAGCACAUAAAGGGCUCAACAGAAAUGGACAUUUCACCGAUUAAGGCCUCUGAUCCCCGAGAAGAUGAGACCGACUUCAAGCAGGACAAAUUUGGGGGUCUUGGUGGAAUGUUUCAGAAAUUACAAAAAGAGCCAACCCCUACCUUUACAAGCUACAUGACAGAUAAUGAGACGCCUGAAGAGCCCACCCCAGAAAAGGAGCAGUCCUCUGAGAACACCAAGAAGAGGCUGAGUCAGGCCAAACAAGACAAAGGAGGACUGAUGGGAGGAAUGUUCCAGAAAGCAACUAAAGACAAACUCUCUUCUCCUUCACUGACGGACAAUCUCUCAGUUCACAGUGAGCUUUUAGCCAGCAACAACAGUCUCUCUGACAACAACAACAUCAAAGAGAAGGGAGGCAUCUUCAGUGGAAUGUUCAAGAAGUCUACCAAACCUGUGGAAGAACCACCUCAAACAGAAGAGGACCAGCAGUCACUACACAGUGAGCUCUCAGCCAGCAAUGACAGUCUCUCUGACAACAACAACUCUAAGGCAAAAGGAGGACUUUUCAGUGGAAUCCUCAAAAAAUCCCCCAAAGCUCCUCGAGAGGGCACACUUGCAGAGGCAUUACACGGUGAACAUUCAGGCAGCAAUGACAGUCUUUCUAAAAACAACAGUAAAGAGAAAGGAGGCAUAUUCAGUGGAAUGUUCAUCAAAUCCCCCAAGCCUGCUGCUGAUGCUUCUCAACCUGUGGGAAAAAAGGGGCUAUUCAGUGGAAUCCUUAAAAAGACCCCCAAAUCAUCUGGAGAUGAAACACCUGCGCAAGACAAUCUUGCAACAUGCAGUGAGCUCUCAGUCAGCAACAACAGCCUUUCUGAUACCAACAACACCACGGAGAAAGGAAGUUUAUUCAGUGGAAUGUUCAAGAAAUCUCCUAUUCCUGCCGAUGAAGGCUCUCAACAAGAAGAGGAGAGAGGUAAAUUCAGUGGAAUGUUCCAAAAAUCACCUAAACCUGCCGAUGAAGGCUGUCAACCAGAAGAGGACAAGCGGUCCUUACACAGUGAGCUCUCAGCCAGUAAUGACAGUCUCUCUGACAACAGCAACCCUAAGGGUAAAGGUAUAUUCAGUGGAAUGUUCCAAAAGGCUCCUAAAACAGCUGAAGCCUCGCAACCAGAAGAGGAUUCAGAUUUGGGAACAGACUGUAAUGACAACCUCUCAGAAAGCAAGGAAAAAACAGGGAUUUUGGGACUCACUGGGAUUUUCAAAAGGUCUCCAAGACCAUCGCCAAAGCCAUCCCCACGCUUCACUGUUGAUAAGGACCCUCUUACUGAGUACAAGGAACUCUCUGCCAGCAAUGACAGCCUCUCAGACUUCACCACAAUUAAGGAAAAUCUCUCUGCACAAAGAGAACUCUCAGCCAGCAAUGGUAGUUUUUCCGACACUACAACCACCAGCAAAGAGAAAAAAGGAGGGUUUGCAGGAAUCUUCAGGAGAACUCCAAAACCUUUCGAGCAACAGGACAGUAUGGACACAGAGCCACCUGUGAGAGGUAGUCAGCUGAAGCGCCGUCGGACAAUCAAGAAGAAGAGACGGGUUGUGUCAUUCCAAGUGAAAAGAACUCUCCCGAGGAUUCCAAAACGUACUGCUGCUCGGGACUCUGAUAAGGAGCCUAUCAUUGAGGAGGCUGUGGAGCUGCAAGGGCUGGCCCCACUGCAGGAGAGCACAGUGGAGAUCCAGCCUGUGGAGAUGGCAGCAUACCCCACUGAUGGAGUCAACCUUUUGGAGUCUGAAGAGGAGAGCGACGGCCUGUUGGACUGGUGGAGAUCAGUCGAAGGUUGGGAGCAAUGGAAUGAAACAUCCCAUUUCCAAGAGGAUGAAGCAGAUAUGGCGGUGGAGCAGGUGGCUGACCGUGUGUUCAUGGCGGCUCGGCUGUUUGUGCGUCUCUUCAACCAGCGGGGAGCGUCACUGCAGGGCCGUAUCCUGGAGCUGCUGGCCCAGGCCGACGCUGCCGACCAGUUCCACAAGAGGACGGUGACGGCCGCUGUAGGGGGUGGCGUGGCCAGCGUGUGUGGCAGUGUGGCCACCAUCACCGGCCUCAUCCUUGCCCCCUUCACCUUCGGAGCCUCCAUCAUCGUCACCGCUGUAGGCAUCUCCGUGGCGACCGCUGGAAGCAUCGCCUCGGCAACGGCCAACAUCACUGAUACAGUGCACUCCAACAUGGACUGUAAGAAAGUGGAGAAGAUGAUUCAGGGCUACCAGGAGGAGAUCAAAGACAUCAGGGAGUGUAUGGAGUUUGUACAGGAAGGUAUGGAAGCUCUGCAGGAGGGGAACUUUGAAAAGUACACUGAGAGUGCAACCAAGAAGGCUCUGAACCACAACAUUAAGCACGUGAUGAAGGAGGGGGGGCGGGCCGGAAAGAAACUGAUGAUCAACACAGACAAGCUCAUCAGCACCGUGCAGGUUCUAGGUGUGGCAGGGGGGGCCGCCAAAGCAGUUAAGGCCAUCAGCGUUACCACGGGCGUUAUGUCCGCUCUCUUCCUCGCACUUGACGUCUUCUUCCUCGCCAAGGAUUCCCAUGAGCUGCGCAAGGGCGCCAAGACAAAGUUCGCCUCCGAGAUCCGAGAGAUGUGCAAGGACCUGCAGGAUGGGCUACUGGAGCUGAACAAGGUGAAAACCCAGUUGCAGAAAACCAUGGAUGGGAUCGAGCUGGAAGAGUACGAGGAGGAGGAGGAAGUGGAGGUGGAAGUGGAUGAUGACCUAGAGUCAGACCCAGUUAAACUCGCUCAGCUGGAGCAAGAGCUGGACCAGUUAGAGGAGAAGUUGGACAAGAAGGUCCAGGAGGAACAGAAAUGGAAUAAAAGCAAGGAGGAGGCAGCUAAGAGUGAGGAAAGGGAAAUGAAGGAGGAGAAGAAUAGUAAAAAGAAGGAUAGUAAUAAAGAGGAGGGAAAGAAGGCGAGGCCUAAAAGUAAAACAAUCGAGUUGGGUGAGACUGAGAAAUUGGAGAUGGAGAAAGAGCGGACGACUGAGAGGGGAGACACUAGUGGUAGUGUGAAAGGUGAUACUAGCAGCGUUCAGAAUAAAAAAGGGUCAGAGAAAGAUAAAGGAAUGGAGAGUAGAAACACCAAUGAAAAAGGAAAUGUUGAGGGCAAAAAAGAGAAAAGAAAUGAUAGAGGCAGUACGAAUGAGGAGGGUGAAGAAAAGGCAAGAGAGACUGAAAAACAAAGAGGUAGAGGCAAUAAAAAUGAGCUGGCUGAUACAAAGAAAGGGAUUUCAAAUGAAAAUGUAGAGUCUGAAAGGGGGAAGAGUGAAAGAUUGAAGGAACAAAAAGUAGCUGGAUGGGAGACUAAGAUGAGGGUGAGGGAAACUUCAGAAAGAGGAAACGCAAGCAGACAUAGCAUCAAGACUGACAAUGAGCAAAUCCCGAAGAGGAGUCCGAGGGAGAGAGGCAGUAGAGAUGAAAGACCAGCGAUUGCUCCAGGGAGAAGACGCAGUAAAGAUCUGAAGUGUGGGAGCAUAACUGAAACGGGUGAGAUGGAGAGAACGAGUAAGACUGAAAGGGGUGGGGUAGAGAGGGGGAUUAGGAACUGGAGAGCAGAGAUGGAUAGGGGAAGUCAAGAUAAGCACAGUAUUGACUUAAAGGGAGACUCAGAGAGGGGGAAGACAAAAGAGGAAUCGGAGGUGAAAAGAACGAGUGGGGUUGAGAGAGGGACAGCUAAAGGGACCUCUAAGGAAGAAGGAGUGAUGGAGAGAAUGUCCAGGAGGGAGAACAAAGACAGGGAGUUGGGGUGUAAGAGGGAAAGAGCUGAGGAAAAGUGUGGGAGUAAGAUUGAGAAAAUGCAAAGAAAAUUUGAAAGUGGUAGGGAGGGAGGCAUCAGAAAGGAAGAUGAGGAGGUUCAUCAGUGUGAAAGGGACAGGAAGGAGGGUGAUGUUGAAAGGAAAAGGAGAGAUGGUGAUGCUGAGCAGAAGCCUCUCCGCCAAGGCGCUCAUCCACGCUCCAAAGCCAUUUGCCAAUUUUACAUCUGAUGCAUUAUUAACUGAGUACUUAAAGAAGUAUUUUAAAAGGGAUUAACCUAGUGUUUGGUUUUACAUUAUUUACUUGGGGACAAAUUGAGACAAAGACAGUCAUUGUGUUUUAAAUAUUUGAUAGAGCAAUGGAACUCCAAUGUGCAUUUUUAUACACAUUUUUCAUGACAAAGAGAUUUUUUUUAACUGUAAAGAUUGUUGUAUGAAAAUUAAUUUCUCGUGGACAGACAUACAUCAACAAUUGUCUGGAAGGAAUGGGAUGUAUGGAAUAACAAGCAGCAGAAGUUCCGUUUUUUUUUUUUUUUUUGUCGCUGGUUAUUUGGACAAGUCACAAUUUCGCAGGUGUUAGCAUGUUUAGAAUUUCGGAAGUGAAGUGGACAUUCGGCCAUAACUUUCAAAUAUGGUGGAGCUCCUUGUUCCGCUCCUCAUUCUGGCAUCUCUUCCACCUCUUCACUUAACAUGUGUGGACCUAGAAUUGAAUCGAGCACCUGACCAAAUGCUGGGGACUUUAGUUCUCGGUUAACCAACAUUAUAUGAACAAAUCGUCCAAAAGCUGGUAACAAUUCAUACAGAUGUCAAUUAACUCCAUAGGAAGAGCACUUUAUAGAGCAUUGGCUGAUGCUCAUUGGGCCGAUUCUGACCCGAAUUAAGCGCACAUAAAUGGAACGUAAUUACUUUUUUAUGCACUAUUCUCUCUAUGCGUAUUCUGACCUAAACUUAAGCUAGAGAAAAGCAUGGUAUUCACCCGCUAUUUGUUCGGGGUGGAGAUCUAAUAAAAUGGAGGUGUGGCACAGGUGUGUUUAUAGAUCCUCCAUAUUCUGAUUUUGCCUUAAUUCCCUCAUAAUUCCACCACCUUUAUGCAAAGGAAAUCAUGAAUAAGGUUAGAACGAACCUGCCGGUUUCAAGUGGGAAAAGCAUCUACUUAAUUUUUUAUAUAUAUAUAUAAAUAACAGCAUUCUCCAUGCACUGUAAUACAUACAUUGAUAAGAGCUAUAUAAGUGAGUAACCCGUUUGGAGAAAGGGAUUGCAAAUACACAUAGCAAUUGUUUUAGAUCAUUCAUCGUUAUGAUCCCUGGAGAAGAACGUGAAACCAGUCAUAUGGAAGAAAACUGAAAAUCAUAUCAACAUGACAUGUAUUGCGGCACCUUUUCCAAAGUGAAGUAGGCUCUAAAGAGCUGUACCGUUAUUCUGAAUUUUAAUUGUGCGCGUAAAUGAAAUUUGUAGAUCCAAGCUAUAGGCUUCUGUAGAGCUGAACCUGACGAUUUGAUGCAUGCGCUUUCGAAUGUUUUAAUGGUAUGCCCGGGCAUUUCUACGUUUUAUUUUGUAUCAUGUUAAAUAUGAUCCACUAUUGGGAACAACCACCAGUAAUACCCACAUACAUUUACAACUGUCACUUUAAUGUUCGUUUUUUUCUUCAAUUUGUAGCUUCCAUUUUGCAUCCUUCCAUUCCGUUUUACGUGUCUUUCCUUUGUCACGUCUGUGGAGUUGUUCCCGAGGGUCGCUAGCGUUAGUGGUUCAUAUUAGGCUAAUGUUGUGCAAUAAUUUGGGACAAGUAGCCUAUUUGAAUCAUUAUGGAACUCAGACCACACGUAGCAGGUUAAACCUGGAGCCUGGCACACGGUUCACGACGACUGGAGCAGUCACACAGUUCCAUGAUGAGUGAGGAAUAGGAUAUAUAUAAUUAUUGUUCAUUCCUAAUUGUGCACUUUUCCCCACCUUACAAUAUUUAUUGGAUUGAAUAUGACAACUUUCAGGGUGUAUUUGUUUUAUUCAUAAAUGCAUUCUGUGCGUAAAUGUUCUCCAAACCUAUUUUUUUUAAUGAUUCAUACAUACUUUCUUAACCCCAAACUGUGUUUAAAUAAUCAGAGUAUUUUUAAAUCUACCAGUUGGUGCUGAAACGGAGACGAAUAUGCAUAUAUUUAGAUGGCUUUCUUUUAUUGAUCUCUAUAUUCUGAACCCAUUCUCAAUGUAUUCUAGUCAGUCUGUUGACAGAAUUUGAAUUUUAAAAAAGGUACACAGUAUUUAAAAGGGAUGGCUUAAAAUGAACGUAGGUUACUGAAAAUCCUGUUGAAAGAAAACUGACCAGGAAGUGAGAGGGAUUUCAGCAGUUGAAUUAACCUUUUCAUGGGUGAGUUCCAAAUAUCUUUAACGGUCCCCAGCGUGUUUUUUUUUAUGCACGUGAUGUGAGAAUGCACUCACUAGCUUGGUUUCCAACCAAUUGGCAACAGAUGUUCAUUCAAAAAUCAGUAUAAAGAAAAUAUGUGCAUUUGCCCACCAGUAGCGUUUCUACCAAAUGGACUUGUGGAUAAAAAUCAGUGCGUGAUGACGUAGUGCAGACGAAAUGUACUUUUUUUGCUUACGUUUACAUUUACAUUUACAUUUAAGUCAUUUAGCAGACGCUCUUAUCCAGAGCGACUUACAAAUUGGUGCGUUCCCCUUAAGACAUCCAGUGGAACAGCCACUUUACAAUAGUGCAUCUAAAUCUUUUAAGGGGGGUGAGAAGGAUUACUUUAUCCUAUCCUAGGUAUUCCUGAAAGAGGUGGGGUUUCAGGUGUCUCCGUAAGGUGUCUUACGUUUUCAUGUACGGAAUAAAAAUCUAAAGUUCAA